AUGACAUCAAGUCGUCCCUCAACCCCUCCAAAAACGGCCUCCGAGAUCGUCCACGAAGCCAGCCGACGCCACCCGCCAGCCAGUGGUAGCUCAUCCACCACCUCUGUUGGCGCCUCCUCCCGUCACCCUGACAUUGCUAGCGGCACCGACGAUGACAUGCUUCCCGAGAAUCGAGAUCCUACCCUCCCCACCCCGGUACCAGGAACACGGAAUCGGCUGAAGCGGUGGAACUGGGAUUGGGUCCCAGUACCCGUCCGUCGCACAGGCAAUGCUGUUGCAACCUGGGUCCGCGGGCCGCCGAACCCAACGCGCUACACCAUCAAGCCGCUGUUGCCCAAGGUGCAACACGGCCCGAUCUGGCUGGUCAACAAAGUCGCACCCCGUCGCUGGCACAAGGCUUUGCUUGCCUUGAUAUACAUUGCCCUGUGGAUCACAACUUUUGCACUCGUCGUGCAGUAUUCCGGCCAGGCUACUGCCAUUGAGGACUAUGGCGUGCCGACAACCCUGGGGUGCGGCUCGUCGUAUUGGGUCUAUGCGAACGGCUGCGGUUUGGAUGGUAACGACUGCCGUCCCUUUUCGAAUUCAACCUUGGCAUUCAAUUGCCCUGCAAACUGCGCGAGCUACAAGGUUCAGAACCCAAGGGCUGUUGGUGACCAGGAGAUCAUCUACCGAUCCAUGGUUAUCGGAGGGCCCGGGAGUGGGAACGAUUCAAACCUGGGCUCCAUCUACCGUGCAGAUUCCUAUAUCUGCGCCGCCGCGAUGCAUUUCGGUAUUGUUUCUAACACCAAUGGUGGCUGUGGAGUUUUGAACCUUAUCGGCGAGCAGAGGAACUUCGUCUCUUCCAAUCGUAAUGGUAUUGACAGCAUCGGGUUCAACUCGUCAUUCCCCAGGUCAUACACCUUCCUCAGUGGCAUCGCAUGCGACUCGAAGGAUCUUAGAUGGCCGUUGCUGGGCAUGUCAGUUGCAUUCACGGCCAUAUUCUCCCUCUUCACAACCUCGGCACCUUUGUUCUUUUUCCCUGUCUUCACCGGGAUCUUUUGGCACGUCGGCAUGGUUUCGGACCCUCCUCCCAACAAUGGCGCUGCAGACCUCGCUUCCACCAUCAUCGGCAGGUAUCUUCCUGCCGUUUUCGUAGCGUGGGUCAUGUAUGACCGCAUGGGCAUGCGUCGCACGCUCGUCGGCCUCACGGCUCAGGUCGAAAAGACGAUCCUUUGGCUCGGCGCCUGCUGGCUUGGUGCGCUCGAGAACUAUUCCUUCUCCGAGUGGAUUCCCAUCAACCGCCUUACCGGUCGCGACCUUGAGCAGCAACCAGGCGCCAAGGCCGCUCUCGCCUUCAUUGUUAUCCUACUCGUAGUCAUCGCCGCGUCUCAAGUCUGGUUCUUCCGCCAGGAGGGUCGCCUCGGGCGCAUGCUACGCAUCUACGGCCUCCUAGUCGGUGCCAUCCUCGUCUGCCUGUGUAUCACUCCGCUCCAACUCCGAAUCCAUCAUUACAUUCUUGCCCUGCUGCUCUUGCCCGGUACUAGCAUACAGACGCGGCCCUCGCUCAUCUACCAGGGACUCCUCGUCGGGCUCUUCAUUAACGGCACCGCCCGCUGGGGAUUCGAUGCCGUUCUCCAGACUGCCGCCGCGCUACUAGGCGACGGACAGUACUACUCCGGCCUCCCCACUAUCCUGACCCCGACUAUCUCGCUGGCGUCGGCGUCCUCGACAAAUCUGAGUAACAUAACGUUCUCUUGGUCCGUCGCCGACUCUGUCAACCUAGGCUAUGAUGGCAUCAGUGUGCUUGUCAACGAUGUCGAGCGAUACCGCGGCUUCUUCGAAGACGCAAACUCGUCUGACCCAAAUGUCGGCGGCCCGAACGCUGGGCAGCGUUUUGAAUGGCACCGCAACGCCACCACGCAGCCCGAAGACGAGUACUUCCGCUUCGCCUACGUCUUGGGCACCGAUUCGAUGGACUACACCAAGGCGGGUACUUGGACCGCCGCCGGCCAGUGGGUAGGCAUGGCAGCGGGGCCGUCCAAAAUGAGGCGGCGAAGCUUAGCGACGCGGUCUCCCAAGAGGAAUCAGAGGGUGCGGAAGGCUAAGAGAACAAGGGUUUUUAAUGAUGAAUUGUAA